AUGGCGACUCCAUCUGAUCACGUGUUACUCCGUCCUUUCAAUGAUGUGACAAAAUGGGCCAAGUUUGCGCUUUCACAGGCUUUGGACCAUGACUACCAACAGACGUCACUUAGCCAGUCGUCCCAGUCGCUAUUGAGAGAAGGAGAGCGAGCUUUGCGACGCCUGGUGCCUUUACUUGCGGUGUCUUCUCCUCAAUUGACUGAAUUCCUAAGACAUCUGACCUUGCGCCACGAAGAUGUCACUUGUCAAGUUCGAUCGAUUGACAUCUUGCUUUAUGAUUUUGAGGAUUUUAUUGAGCCGCAGACCUUUGACAAGGCCAAGUUUGACGAGCUCCAAGCUGCGACGAAGGAAUUGGCUAUUACUCUCGUAGAAGAGAUUACGCGAUUUACAACAAAGUCGGCUCUGGAAUCGUCACCGCCCCCCUCAAAAUUUCCACCUCUUCCGCCUAUUCCACAAUUGACCAGUCCUCAUGAUGUGGCCAGAUCGAGCUCCCAAAUGUCCAUGCGGCCUCCGACCAACGCGCCGAGAGCUGGGUCUAGUCUUGGUACACAUCAGCAACGACCGUCCUUCAUCGGUGGUUCCGAACAGCGCGAUAGAUCUUACUCUGCGGGACGUUCUUUGAGAACUUCUGAUUAUUCUACGACACGGUCACCAAUUACGCCAGGUGGGCUCGCUUCCCCAGUCUCCUUGCCUUUGUCAAGCAAAUACGCGAUUCCAGAGAAAGACGCCCAAACCUACCGCUAUGUCCAGGCUCAUCGACGACAAGAGAGCGAUUCAGACGCGAUUCUAAACAGUUUGCAAGGUCUGGAUAUUGGAGCCAUCACUCCCCCAAGCUCAGUUGCAUUGUCACCCAAGUCAACAGGCUACCAGAACGCAAUCGACCAAAACACAAGAGGCUCCUUCGGUUAUGAACAUCAGGAUACUCCUCCACCAUCCGUGACUACUGAGCCAGUUUCGCAACCGGAUUGGUCCACAGUCGUUGACCAACAAUCAGCUGCUGUCCCACGCCCUGUAUCUGUAACAGCGUCCCAAUACACCAGCCCAAAGCUUACAGAAUACCGGAAUUCUGGGUCAUACAUACCAUCUACAGCGUCGCCUGAAUAUCAACAAUUAUUCAUUGUCACCCAAGGGUUAGCGCCAUCCAUACGAUCAGACGGAAGCGGCGCGUCAGGGGCCAAAGCAAUAUCAACAUCUUCCAGCUCGAUCAGGAAUGAUUGUACCUCUGUGAAGAGCGUGCACUCUCUACAGACCUAUGAGAUCGGAGCAGACAGCUCUCUAGCCCUACUGGGUGGACUAUGUAAAGGAGCUCGAGCUUUUGCCUCUGGAGGUCCCGGACAAGCCAUCAAAAGGAUUGGUGGCGGUUCAGACGGUGCAAUAAGACCCAGAGAGUAUUCUCAAGAAACAUUAUUCGGGCAAAUGCUGGAUAAUCCAGCUGAGACCUUGACAGAACCAACUGCGCAGUGUCUUCAUUGUGAGUACAAGACUCCCUACUCCCAUUUGCGCCAGGACAUGGAUCAAGAUCCAUUGGCCAGCCAGCAGACGAGAGGUAUUCUUCACCGUCCUCGCUUUCUAUUCAAAUCUCAUAUUGCAGUCCGAAACGUCAACUCGGUCUACUUUGGUUGUCUCUUUGUGACAAGACCAAGUCUACUCUCCAGGAAGACGACGCCACCGUUUUUCAGUCAAUCGAUCUCCUCUUUCGUCACAUUUCCCGGCAUGGUCAUCCCUUGCCGCAUGUUCCGGGCGUGGAAGUAG